CGCACGCGGCUGCUGCGGCGAGCCAGUGCUGCGAUGGCUCGCCGCCGGUGCAGAGGUCGGAGCUGGCUUCGCCGCGCGUCUUUCUGGUUGCUGGUGUUCUGGCUUUCUGCAAGUGCUACAAUCUUCUGGAAGACCUACUCACAAUAUAAAAACAAACCACAACAUAUAUAUCUUCGGAGCAUUUUAGGGCGAGGACUCUGCCUAUCUCGUGCAACUGCAGCUGUCCUGAAUCUUGCAUGCUGUCUCGUACUGAUCCCUAUGUGCCGCAGCCUCAGCUCAGCACUCCACUCUACAUUUGGCCAUACUGCACUUUCCUUCUGGUUGCAGAAAGGAAAGUUCAUCCAUAUAACUUGUGCCAUUACAAUUCUACUUGCUGCAGCUAUACAUACAGCUGCUCAUGUUGCAAAUGCAGUGAAUUUCUCCAGAUAUUAUUCUCAUGAUUUUCCCGAAAUCAACUGGGCCAGUUAUGAAGGACAGGCCCCUUUGGCAAUGAUACUCACAUCAGUGGCAGGAAUAACUGGAGUGGCUAUGGUUGUCCUGCUUUGCAUCCUUGCGGUGAUGUCAGUGGGAUAUGUUCGCAAGAGACACUACAAUGCCUUCUGGUUCACACAUCAUCUUUUCCUGCCUUUUUUGCUCCUGCUGUUGUGUCACCCUCUCAGUGGUGUACUGAAGGAAUUAAAAAAUCCAGAGGAACAUAUUCCUGGUUGCCUCAUAAAUGUCACUGGCAACAUCACAGAAGUGCAAAGUUCAAAACAUAUCAUAUGCAAAAGUGAAGCAAUUUUUGUUCCAAUGGAGUCUCAGGGUUGGCUAUGGAUUGUACUACCACUGAGUAUAUACAGCAUAGAUGCCACGUACAGAGUAAUGCGACGAAAUGUUAGAUCUGUAACUGUAUUACAAGUUACAAGACUACCAGGUGCAGCCAUCAGACUUCAGCUGCAAUGUUCCUUCACAUGCCAGCCUGGUCAGUAUAUCCUACUUCAGUGUCCUGUGAUAUCUUCAUUUGAGUGGCAUCCAUUCUCCAUCACAUCUGUAAGUAAUUUACAUGGCUGUUCCAGCUUCAGUAUUCUCAUACAGGCUAAAGGAGAUUGGACAGGUGAACUCUGUGGCCGUGUUUUGGUGCCUUUCUCGCACUGCCAGCAAACAACUGAGCUCUGCAGAUGGCCAUCUCCAGAACCAGUGAGGUUUCUGGUAGAUGGACCAUUUAGCAGUUCAUUGCAAAGCAUUCUUCGCACGCCAGUUGCCAUCUGUAUUGCAGGAGGUUCUGGAGUGACCCCAUUUGCAAGCGUUUUUCAAUAUCUAUUGGAUUGCACAGCACUUCCUCACUUACCAGAACGAUUACAUUUUGUCUGGUUACUGAAAAAUGUGGAACAGCUACUGUGGUUUGCAAGUUUACUGUGUUCAUUGCAUGACAGAUUCUGGAUGAACAACCAACCUGACCGUUUGAAUAUAAUACUACAUGUCACAAAGAACUACAGCUCAGCAUGUAACACAGUUGAAAUUAGCCAGAAAUACAAGGUUUUGUUACACCGACUUCAGAAUGGUCGUCCAAAGUGGGGUAGUCUUUUUAAACAAUGGAAAAAUAUGUACAGAAGGCCAAAUGUUGCAGUAUUUGCCAGUGGUCCAACAUCAUUAACAAAAGAAAUUAAAAAACAUUGUUAUAAAUGUUCAAAAAAUGGCACAUCAUUCAGGUUCAUGCGUGAAUCAUUUUGAGAGUGCAGUUGAAACUGCCAAAAAUACCAAAGAUAGUGUUUUAUUGUUCAAGAAUAUUUUUGGAAUAUUGUAUUAUAUUAUUUUGUAUUGUCUUUUGUUAAAUAUAUUUGAUUUUGUUAUA